AUGGGCGCGGCGGCCGGGCUGGCGCGGCGGCUGCGGGACGCGCUGCGGGAGGAGGAGCCGCGCGCCGUGGAGGAGUUGCUGGUCCGUGGCGCCGACCCCAACCUGGUUCUCCCCGACGGCGCGGCCGCCCUGCACCUGGCGGCCGGCGCCCGACACCCGCGGGGCCUGCGCUGCCUCGGGGUCCUGCUGGGACGAGGCGGGGACCCCAAUGUCCGGUCGGCCGAGGCGCUGACGCCGCUGCACGUGGCCGCCGCCUGGGGCUGUCGCCGCGGCCUGGAGCUGCUGCUGAGCCAAGGAGCCGACCCCGAGCUGCGCGACCAGGACGGGCUGCGGCCGCUGGACCUGGCCGUGCAGCAGGGACACUCGGACUGCGCGCGCCUGCUGCGGGAGCUCCGCCCCCAGCCCCUGAGUAGGCGUCACCCGGAGCGGCGGCUCUGCCUCCAUUUCUCUGUUUCCCACGGCUGUGCCUCUGACCCCGACCCUCCUCCCGCAGGCGCCCCGGGACCUCGCGCCCUCCAGACGCCGCCGGGCGGGGCUGCCAGCGGGGGGAACACGGGCCCGGGCCCCCCCGGCCUGCGCAGGGCCCUCCAGGUGUCAGACCCCGAGGGGCGCUCAGGAUCCCCCCCGGGGAGCGGGGACUCGUGUUCUGAUGCCUCCUUUGUCACCGCGGUAGAGGCCGCCCCAGACCCCUCCCCCAGAGUGGGGCCGCCGCCCCCCGCCCCGAGUUCCCCAGGGCCACCCCGGGACGUCUUUGCAGAUGGGGACCUGGGACUGUGCGUCCCUAUGCGGGCCUUGGCUCUCUCCUCCCUCGCCUGCUCGCCCCUGCCGCCCGGAGCCCCGGAGCGCCCCCGCCCAGCAGGCGAUCAGGCUGCCCUGGACAGUGCCACGGCCGCUCUCUGGCUGACCGAGGAUGAGGCGAGCACCACGGGCUGCGCGGACCCCGUGCCUGCCGGCUCCGACCCGGAGCUGCUGCGGACCCCCGAGCGUCCCGGCCCCACCGCGCCUGGCCUACCACGGCAGCGGGAGGCGCACGCUGUUCCGGGCCCCGCCUUUCCGGGGCGCAGCCCGGAACUGGCCGAGGCCCUGCGCACUGGGCGGAUCCCCGACGCCCGGGCGGACGAAGACGCCCUCAUCCGGCAGUUUGAGCGGCCCGACCCCGCCAGCAGGUGGCGCGAGGGGGUCCUCAAGUCCAGCUUCACGUACCUGUUGCUGGACCCCAGGGAGACUCAGAACCUGCCAGACCGAGCGGCCUCGCUGACCCCAGCCCAGCGCCUCCGGGUCUUUGUCCGUGCCGUCUUCUACGUGGGCAAGGGGACCCGAGCCCGGCCCAAUGCCCACCUCUGGGAGGCCCUCGGCCACCGUGGGCGACCAGGAAGGCAGGCCUGCCCCAAGGUGCGCCACAUCUUGGACAUCUGGGCCAGUGGCCGUGGCGUGGUCUCCCUGCAUUGCUUCCAGCACGUGGUCGCCGUGGAGGCGUAUACCCGGGAGGCGUGUCUUGUGGAUGCCCUAGGGAUCCAGACGCUGACCAACCAGAAACAAGGGCACUGCUACGGCGUGGUGGCCGGCUGGCCGGCAGCCCGGCGCCGGCGCUUGGGGGUGCACCUGCUGCAUCGCGCCCUGCUCGUCUUCCUGGCUGAGGGCCAGCGAGAGCUGAGGCCCCAGGACAUCCAGGCCCGAGGCUGAGUCACACAAAGGGAGCAGGGUGUCUGCAGCGUCCAGGAGACCCCAGCUGCGGCUUCAGAGGAGGGGUGUGCGUGUGUGCGAGUGCGUGUGCGUGUGUGCACACCGGGGCCGAUCCCGGCUCGGGCUGCUCUCACAGGGGCCGCCGGGACCGCUGGAGAGGCAGUGAGCUCCCCCGUGCUGGGCCGACACCAGGUGCUUUCUGGACGUGGGCUCUGUGUGUGUGGCUGGAGCCCACUUUGAUCUCUGGCACAGGGGGCUGGACCCGGGGGGCUUCCGGAUCUGCCCAGCUCAGGCCAGUAAGCUUUCUCAGGGACAGCGGGAAUGCCUACCUCGAAGGGUCACUGCGGCCACUCUGUUAAAGCUGAGUGGCUCAGAACCAGGGAGUGGACCCCAGGUGCACCAUCGGGGUGGGGUGGUGGGUGGGGGUCACAGACAGGUGGUCUUCGGGGUGUCAGAAUGAGAGGCCAGCCCUGCCCCUCUGAACCUGCUGCUUCCACUGGAGGCAGAAUUAGCAACCCUCACCACCCAUUAUCGUUUUCAAAUUACGUGUGCCAAAAAAGAAAAAACAAAAACAAAAAAAACCUGAGAGAUCUGCGAUCUUGUUGGCUACCGGACCUGCCUAUCACCACGGCCUAGCGAGCCAGAUCGCACAGGGGGCGGGCUGUCACCUGGGUCCCACCCACGUAGGAAGCCUGCGCCGCGGCGCCCCCUGGCGGCUGCAGGGCUGAAUGGCUGGUGGUUGUGCCACUGAGCUGGGUUUCCGGCUGUGUUAGGGCGGCCUCGCAGGCAGCAAAUUUGAUAGAACGAAAAUGAUGACAGCAACGUGCCAGGGGCCCUCAGGAUGCACAAUCAGGGAAAGAGUCAAGAUGCCCCCAGAAGACCCAGGGUCUCCCAGCCUCAGCACUCAUGACCUGGGACUGGCUCUAUCCUGGGCGUCGUCGUAGGCUCCGUGCCCCUGGCCGCCACCCCCGCCCCAGAUGCCAGCAGCAGUCUCCUCCCUCAGUCGUGGCAAUCAAAAGUGUCCCCAGGGCCGGGGGGGACUUGGCACAGCUCUUAGCCGGGACUUGGGAUACCGGCAUCCCCUAGCCGAGGGCCUGGUUCAAGUCCCAGCUCCUCUGCUUCCAGCCCAGGGUCCUGCUAAUGCAUCUGGGAGGCAGCAGGUGACGGCUCAGGAGCUGGGUCAUGGCCGUUCCCAUAGGAGACCCGGAUGGAGCUCCCGGCUCCCGGCUUCAGCCUGGCCCAGCCCCGGCCAUUGUGGCCAUUUGGGGAGUGAACCAGUGGAUGGAAGACCUCUCUUUCUGUCAUUCUGCCUUUCAGAUAAAUAAAUAUUUUUUAAAAAGUUACAGAGGAGGCCGGCGCCGUGGCUCAACAGGCUAAUCCUCCGCCUUGCGGCGCCGGCACACCGGGUUCUAGUCCCGGUCGGGGCGCCGGAUUCUGUCCCGGUUGCCUCUCUUCCAGGCCAGCUCUCUGCUGUGGCCAGGGAGUGCAGUGGAGGAUGGCCCAGUGCUUGGGCCCUGCACCUCAUGGGAGACCAGGAGAAGCACCUGGCUCCUGCCUUCGGAUCAGCGCGGUGCACCGGCCGCAGCGCGCCGGCCGCGGCGGCCAUUGGAGGGUGAACCAACGGCAAGGGAAGACCUUUCUCUCUGUCUCUCUCACUGUCCACUCUGCCUGUCAAAAAAUUUUUAAAAAAUAAAAUAAAAAACAGGAUACACUGGGGAUGGAGGGGCGAACACAGAGGGCCAGCCGUCACCCCACCCCGUGUUCUCAAGGCCAACC